AUGUUCCCCUUGCCAUCACCACCCCAGAAGCGUCGACGCAUUGACCAAUCCCAAUCCCACACACACCAUCACUCUCUCUCUUUAGACGGUCAAUCUCAUCAUUCACCAUCAUCCAUAUCCACACCUACUGCAGCUGCACCCUCUACACUCCCUGAAACCGGUCCGGGGGCCGAGAAUAGCAACCUGUCCCCUUCUCACCAUCAGCCGCCAAUCCAAGAAGGCAGUCACAACCAUACUAAUGCCAAUAAUCCCGAAUGGCACCACCACCACAAUCAGCAUGAUUACACCCCCUCCGCUCCACAAAUUCACGCUCACAGUCAAAACCAUAACCAGGGUCAGAGCUACAGCUCACCCGCCUCGAUCGGCGGAAGCGUCGCUGGCGGGCCGGGGAGCGGAGCAGGUGGUAGUACCGGAGGAGGAGCCUUCCACUCGCCUGCAGGCGGCUGGUCGCAGGACGGAUUCUCGCAAGAUCCUGGAUUUCUAGCCUCUCAGGAAGAAUUGCGGUGUAUCUUAUUUUCCCUCGCGCAUUCGGCGGUCCCGACCCGAGUCGGAAGUUUGAGUCCCGAUCUUGCCCAUGAUCAGCAACACCGUCAACUGCAUGAUCAAGACCUAAUUGAAACUGAUACGAGGAGGAGAAAGCGGCGAGGGGAUGGAUCGUCGUUACGCGCACGCGCACCGGUUUCAAGCGUGAAGAGAAUCGGGUACUUGAAGAAUUAUGUUGCGCAGGUGGCGCCUUGGCUCGACAUGUUCGACUCCCAACACACAUUCCAACAACAAAUGCCCGCCUUAGCACGAACAUUCCCCGCCCUCUCCUACGCCAUCCUCGCAAUCUCCGCGCGCCAAAUGGAACGCAAAAAAGGAGUCCAGGAUUUCUUCGACAGUCUCGAGCUCUACCAAGAGGCCAUCCGACUUCUCAGUCCCGUGCUGCAGGUCCGCGAUCCGAAGAUCGUCGCGGCGUGCGUGCUGCUCUGCUGUUUGGAGAUGAUGUCGGCAAGGGCGCAGGACUGGCGGCGGCAUUUGGAGGGCUGUGCGGCAUUGUUCGAUGCGUUUGGGAUUCAUGGGUUUAGUAAGGGGUUGUUGCAGGCUGUGUUUUGGUGUUAUGCUAGGAUGGAUCUGUGUGGAGCACUUAUAUCCGAUGGCACUCAAACGACGCUUUUGCAUCCAUCCAAGUGGCUUCCCCCAGGAUGUCAUGAAGGUGAUGCGUACCGGAUGUUCAACGAAGCGAAAAGCGCAGAUAUGCAUGCCAACUACGCAGUAUAUCUGUGUAUGAGAGCGACAGAGCUCGUUUCCGAUCGGACCAAGUUCGUGGAACUCGGAGAAGACAAUGGUUGCACAGCGCAGGUAUUUGCCUCUAAAUGGCUUCAGCUCUGGAGUGAGCUACAAUGUUGGUUUUCCGAGCGCCCGAACGAAUUGGUUCCAGUUCAAACAGUCAACCGCAAACCUUUUCCACAUAUCUUCUUCAUCCACUGGGCGGCGAUCUCUUCAAAUCAACUUUAUCAUACAGCAUGCAUUCUGCUGCUAAAAACAAUGCCUAAAGGCACCAGGCUGCCCCGAUCGCCUACGCUGUCGCUGCUGUGGCAUGCGCGUCGAGUCUGUGGCAUCUCCUUGGCGAAUCCACACCAGGGAUGUCUGAACAAUGCCAUCCAACCCCUCUGGAUUGCGGGCCGACUUUUCAGCCAUAUAACUGAACAUCAGCAGAUCAUCCAGUUGAUCCGACACAUCGAGGCCGAAACCGGAUGGGGGAUGUGUUGGCGAAUUCGGGACUUGGAAAUUGCGUGGGGCUACGACACUCGUCGCAGCGCAAGAAAUAGCCACACAAGACCGUAUCCCAUCCCGCUGCAAUCGUAG